AUGCAGCCCCAGAUGGAGGAUAUGGAUCUCCAGAGGGCCAUAGCAAACGCUCAGCCACAGCUGGUGGAGUCCCUGAGUCAUGCCCCUGAGUGGCUGCUUAUGAAAGCCAAAUGUUUCCUCCCUCAAAUGGACCUGAGUCACGUGGCUGGGAUCACUGACUGCAAAGAAAAGGUCUUGUUGCUCCUUGACACGCUUGAGAAUGCAGGACCGAUCAUUUGGAAGCAGUUUAUCCAGUGCGUCUGCAUGGAAUGCAACCUCCCCAUGGACCUGGAGAUACAGCUCAUGAGUGCCUCAGGAGAAGGUAAUUUAAACCAGAAACAAGAAGCCUUUGCAGAAGCAAGUACGCAGUCUCCUUCUCAACCUACAGGACUUGAAAGGCGUCGUCAUGGAAGCAGUUCUCAUCCCAAUGGUAAAGAGUCUAAACAGCAACGAUUAGAUUCAGCUGAAAGGUACCGGCAUCUCAUCAUUGCUUCAAUGUGCCAAAGGUAUGAAAAUAAAAGAGCAGCGGUAGCAGCUGUCCUGGGACAAGCACAGCCACCAGCUUUCAGCCAAGCCUUCGUCAACCUAGUCAUCCGGCAGAGUAAAGCUUCCAGACUAAAGGAGAGAGCAGAUAAACCCAGGGAGGACUCGGCAGGCAUGCAGGAAGCAGAGGAAUGUGUGGACACGGCUGUGAAAGUCUCAGACCUGUUUGAAAGUGUCGUUAGCUCGGGUACCACCAGGGUUAUCCUUUUGUUUGGCAAACCGGGGAUGGGAAAGACCAUGCUGAUGCAUCGGCUUUGCCAGAAGUGGGCAGAAGGAGCUUUGCAUCAAUUUCUGUUUACUUUUCUCUUUGAGUUUAGGCAGCUGAAUCUGAUCAGCAGAAAGCUGACUUUAAAGGAGCUGUUGUUUGAUUUGGUCCUUCAGCCAGAAGAUAGCCCUGAUGCCGUAUUUCAGCACCUCCUGGAGAACGCCCAGCGCAUGUUGUUCAUCUUUGAUGGGCUGGAUGAAUUUGUGGGGAACAUAGGCCAGCCAUCCUCGCCUUGUGUAAGCCCUGCCCUCCACAGGCCUAUGUCCAUAUCUGAGCUGUUUGCCAAUUUCUGCUUUGGAAAACUUCUCCCUGGGUGCACGGUGCUGGUCACCAGUCGGCCUAAGAAAUUACCCGACUUUCUGUUAAGCAGAGCAGAUUUGCUGGCAGAAAUUUGGGGAUUUGACCACGAGAAGGUUGAAGAGUAUGCCAGCCACUAUUUCCACCAACAUUCCUUCAAAGAGCAGGCCAUCGCUCACCUGAAAAACAACAGCAAGCUUCUGAGCAUGUGCUUGAUCCCUGCCUUGUGCUGCAUCGUCUGCGUCUGUUUGGAAUAUUUGCUGAGGAAGCGUUUGUCGAAGGUGGAGCUUCCUCAGACCAUGACACAAUUUUAUAUCAAAAUGCUCCUCAUCUUUAUAAGUAAACAGCAGACAGAGGGCACUGUGAGUGAAGACACGCAGCUGAAUCACCACCGGACGGCCAUUUUGGGCCUGUGUGACCUUGCACUGAAAGGCCUGGAAGAGAAGAAGAUAGUGUUUUACGUUGAUGAUAUCCCAGAGCAUGUGAAAGAGUUCGCUUCCCUACAUGGGUUGCUGACUGUCUUUGAGGUGAAGAGGAGUGACAGCCUCCCAGAGGCCGGCCAUGCCUUUGUGCACUUAAGUCUUCAGGAGUUCUUUGCUGCACUGAACCUGAUGAUAAAUAACACAAUCGACGGAAGCUACCUGAAGAAAAAGUUCUCUCUAAAGUCAAAGUGGACUUUAAAAAAUGAAGCCAGGACCGAGUUCAUGGAGAAUUUUCACAUCUUUCUCUCAGGCCUCUCUUCGAAAGAGUGUCGGACGUUCCUCACCCAGUUAGCUGAACGAAAUCAGGUGUGGGUGCGGGACAAGCAAGCUGCCAUCUUGCAGUCGUUGAAGAAGCUGGCAGCUACUAAUCUAACGGGCCCCAAGAUAAUUGAACUGUGCCAUUGCACUUACGAAACACAAGACCUUGAAUUAGCCCAGCAUGUCGGGAGCCAGUUAAAUUUCAAGUAUGAAUUUAGAAACUUUAGAUUGACCCCUCUAGAUGUUUCAGCUUUGGUUUUCAUCAUUAACUGUGGCCGGGAUUUGACUCACUUGGAUUUUGCAGGCUGCCCCAUGGAAUUAGAUUGUUUGGAGGUUCUAGCCAACUGUAAAAGUAUAGAGCAUCUGAGCUUUAGGAGCAGGAAAUAUGGUGACGAAUUUGCAGCUGCUCUUUCCAAAAGCUUACCGAAGAUCAAGAGUCUGAAGAAACUAGAGUUGACUGGUGGUAGUAUCACUGCCCUGGGGCUAACUGGCCUGGCAGAAGUCUUUCCAAACUGCCUUCAACUUGAAGAAAUAAACUUGCAGGACAAUCGACUGAGGGACCAAGACAUGGGAAAGGUGAUUGAAAUGCUUUCCAGAGUGGAAAAGUUAAAGAUGAUUGAUUUAAGCCAUAAUGAUAUUUCGGUGAAGUCUGUUCUUACUUUGGCGAAGGGAGCCACUACUUGUCCAAAUGUUACUGAACUACAUAUAAGGAAGGACACCAUCAUGAUAUAUUUUUCUGGCCAGUCCAGAAAAGUCCUCAGAUCAAAUUUGAGGAGAAGGGAACAUAAAAAGGAAAAUGCUGCUCAAAUAAGAAAUGUGAAGUUACGGUUACAGGAUUGCAGCCUCAAUUCACAACAUGCAGGGGAGAUCGCUGCUCUUCUCAGGGGCUGCGCCCACUUCUCGGAAGUGGAUUUAUCAGGUAACCAACUUGGUGAUGAAGGCUGCAGAGAGCUGGCGGAGAGUCUCCCUGAAGUACAUAUUUCCAAGCAGUUGGAUGUCAGUAACAACCAGAUAUCUGUGGACGGUGUUUGCUGUCUGUUGAAUGCCGUGAACACCUGCUUGAAUGUGGUGGAGUUUGAAGCCAGCCUUCAUCAUCAGACUGCAAUCCUGAAGUUUAUAGGAGAUAAAGAAUUUGCCUCUACCCAUUCCAGAGGACAGUUCAUGUUCAGGUCUGAUCAUGUGUAUUGUUACAGGGAUACCUCUCGUAGUGGGGACCAGUCAGGUGGAGGUGAGAGCCAGAAGUCUGUGGUCUCAAGGAAAAUAAGGCUGACAGACUGUGGUUUUCCCACCAGAGAUCUGGACAAGUUGUGCACUGUAUUGAAGAAAUGUAGCAGCGUAUCAGAGCUCGAUUUGUCAAAUAACUCUCUGGGUGACCAGGGAGUCGGGAAGCUGGUUGGACUCCUUCCGGAGCUGAAGGCAGUGAGUUCCCUCAAGCUGAGUGGCAAUCAGAUCUCCUUGAGUGCUGUGUUUGGCUUAGCUCAGUGCUUAUCGGCCCUGGAACACAUUAAAUCAAUAGACAUCAGCCUGGGAAACGCUCAGUCGGUCCAUUUAACCUUCUGGGAAAAUGUCAGGAACAUCAGGACCAGAUCUGCAGGAAAGUUCCCGGCUCAUCCGCAACAUUUAGAGAACGACCAUUGCUUUCGUCUUAGGGAAUGCACCGUGAGUCCCGAGGACAUGGACACGCUCUGCCAGAUCCUUGGAAAAUGCACUGGACUGACAGAACUUGAAUUAUCUAGAAAUGCGCUGAGUGAUCAAAGCAUUGAAAGGCUGCUAAUGUCCCUACCACGUUUGCACAGUCUGAAGCUACUGAGUAUUAGGAAUAACAAGUUUUCACCAAAUUGCACUCUCUUACUGGCCAGCUCUCUCAACCUGUGUGAGCGAAUCAGAGAAGUAGAAGUCAGGUCAAGUGAAAAUGCUUUUUUGCAUUUAGCGGGGAGGAUAGAAAGCCAAGAAACAUCCUGCAGGUCGGGCCAUACAUUAUUUAUUUAUAAUUUGUGCUCCAAGGCAACAUCACUCAUCAAGUUCACAAGAGAAGAUGAACCAAGGAAGAUUUUGAGACUAACGGAGUGCAACUUUCAACCAGAACACCUGCCAGAGCUGUUCUCUCUACUGCAAAAGUGCACCAACCUGACGGAGUACAUAUCAACAAACAACAACAUGACAACCAGGGCGGUGGAAGAUCUAUUGCAGGCACUGAGGAAAAGUCUGGGAACACUGAGAAUAAGCAUUGAAGAGCAAUGGGUGCGGAAUGCAAGUAUCGCUAGCCUUCUGCAGAUGGCUGUCCAACCCCACGGGAAUGUUACAGAGAUCACGAUAUCAAAAGACAAAGGUCUCCUUCGAGUGGGCAUGGGGUUCCCCUGUCGAACGGAGAAGAUGGAGUCUGUGGUUAGCAGGUUGAAUCAGUGCGGGCUGGAAGGGAAGCACAUUCACUUUCUCCAGAGGGUUAUUGAGAAAUGCACGCAGCUUCAGGAACUGAGCUGGUCUCAUAUUGAUCUCAACAAUGCUGAAGAGGCGAUGCUAGCCAACGUGCUUCUGACUCUUCCAACGCUGAGGAAGUUUGAGCUGACGUCCAGCAGUGUUACGCCAAGCGGAAUGGGACACCUGGUUGCAGGGUUGCAGCAAUGCCAUGCUAUUGAAGAACUUAACCUCGGCUCCCUGGGACUCGAUGACACGGCCAUUCUCAUGCUGGUGCCAGGACUUCACCAAAUGCCUUUACUGAAAAGACUCCGCUUGAACAAUAACAAUGUUGGUAGUGAAGGCUGCUCCCACCUGGCCGAAGCUCUGAAGAAUACUCCUCAUAUGGAAGAAAUCAAUUUAAGCCAUAACAAGAUUGAACAUGCUGGUCUGGAAAAAAUAGCCACGCUCCUGCCGGAAUUGCAAAAUCUAAAGAGAAUCGACCUGUCGUCGAACAGCAUUGGCCCAGCUGGAGGGGAGAUGCUGGCGGAGGCUCUGGCUCGCUGCAGGCAUGUCGAGGAGUUACUAUUAGCCAGGAACCAUGUCGGAGACAAGACGGCAGCGAGACUCUCCCUCUCUCUGCCUAGCAUGUGCCACUUGAAGAUCCUUCAUCUGCAGUCCAAUAACAUUGGUUCACUUGGAGGAACACCGCUGGCCAAAGGCCUGGUUGAAUGCCAGCAGCUAGAAGAGAUAAGUUUGUCAGAGAACAGCUUUGGGGAAGGCGCCAUCCGCACCCUGUCAGAGGGGCUUCCACGAUUCACCCGGCUCAGGAAGAUUGAACUGAAACUCUGUGGAAUCAGCGAUGGCGUUUCCAAACAUCUUGCCCUCGGCUUCAGUCGUUGUCCCGUCAUUGAAGAGAUCAUAUUGUCGUGGAACAGUCUUGGUGAUGAAGGUGCCCUGGAGCUGGCCACGGUUCUCCCGAGAAUGGCAAGGCUGAGGAUGCUAGAUCUGGACAAUAACCGCAUUGCAGCCCGGGGUGCCAAAAAGCUAGCGGAGGAGCUCGCCAAGUGUUGUGGAAUUCAAGUCAUACGGCUUUGGAACAAUCCAGUACCCAAGAACAUUGAAGAAAGUCUUACGAAGCAAGAUGCAAGAUUGCAUUUCUCAUUCUUUUAA